AUGGGUCACCCAGAAGCUAAGGCAUUACCUGUCCGUGUUCACCACCCACCUCAUUUUCAGAAUGGACCCAUUGAGGUGAAAGGAAAUUGGGCUACUAAGAAUGACAAAAUAUUGCCAUAUGUGAAUUUAGUACAAAAGCUGUGUGGGAGAUUUAAAAGCAUCGACUUCAAGCAUACUCCGAGGGCUCAAAACGAGUUCGCUGACGCUUUGGCGAUAAUAGCCUCCAUGAUUCAGCAUCUCGAGAGUACCCAUAUUGAUCCAUUGGAGUUCACACUGAAAGAAGAACAGGCUCACUGUGCCCACAUUGAGGCUAAGUCGGAUGGCAAGCCGUGGUACGCCGACAUCAAAACGUACCUGGAGAAAGGAGAAUAUCCUCUGGAAAGCUCAACAAAUCAGAAGAAAACUAUCAGGAGGCUGGCUAAUGGAUUCUUUUAA